GCCUCUGGUCACACCGCGCGGAGUGUUACGCGAAACACGAAAGUCAGGCGAGCUGUUGCUAAAUUAAAUAAAAAAAAAAUAGUUGUAAAAACAUGAGCAUGUUGAAAGACGCAAGCACAGCUCAGUGAAAUAAACACGAAUAUCUGAUGACACACACCCACACACAGAUUAUCAAGAUUAUUAGUUUAUCGCGUCGCGAUUAGUGUAUUUUUUGUGUUUUUUUUUUUGUGUGGUGUUUUUGCUUUGUAGUUUUUAUCGAUUAAAUUGUGUAUGGAAACGAGACACGAGAGUAAAGAGUAAAGGAGACAUUUGGAGACUGCUGCUUGCUGUUGGGCGCGCAAACAAAACACUCACGCAUACACUCUCAAUUAAUUUAGAGUGAGCAACAAACACGGAAGCGCAACGCAACUAAUAAUAAAAAAUAAACCGAGCGAUUUUAUGAUGUCUUGUAAAACGGAAAAUAGCAACGGCAACGGUAGCGUAUCGCUUAUCAGUCGGAGCAGCAGCGAGAGUUUUGAUAAGAUGCAUAAGAUGGUGAAUGGCAAGCAUAAACCACCGAAACAAACGCAAGAUCAACAGCAGCAGCAACAACAACAACCACAGCCACAACAACAACAGCAGCAGCAACAGACCCAGCAACCACAACAACAGCUGCAGCAGCAGCAGCAACAACAACAGCAACCAGCGACGCCACAAAAACAAGCAAUGUCGGCGGACGAGCGAAAAGCCACCAAGAAAUCUCUAGUCAUUGUUGUUGCAAUAUUUGUGGCCAGCUUAACGGCCAUGUUCUAUGUUUAUGCAAUAUUCCCCGAAUUGAAUGCCUCUGAGAAGCAACAUUUGAAAAUACCACGUGAUAUACAAGAUGCUAAAAUGCUGGCCAAAGUCUUGGAUCGCUACAAGGACAUGUAUUAUUUUGAAGUGAUGUUUGGCGUAGUCGUCGCCUAUGUAUUCCUACAAACAUUCGCCAUUCCUGGUUCGUUAUUCCUGUCGAUCUUACUUGGAUUCCUCUACAAAUUCCCGAUCGCCUUGUUUCUCAUCUGCUUCUGCUCGGCGCUGGGCGCCACACUCUGCUAUGCACUCUCCAAUCUGGUGGGACGUCGACUUAUCCGGCACUUUUGGCCCAAAAAGACGAGCGAAUGGUCGCGUCACGUCGAGGAGUAUCGCGACAGUUUGUUCAACUAUAUGCUCUUCUUGCGCAUGACUCCCAUACUGCCCAAUUGGUUCAUCAAUCUGGCGUCGCCGGUGAUCGGUGUGCCGAUGCACAUCUUUGCCCUCGGCACCUUUUGUGGUGUUGCCCCGCCAUCGGUGAUCGCCAUACAGGCGGGCAAAACGCUCCAGAAGAUGAGCAGCUCGAGUGAGGCGUUCUCGUGGACCUCGAUGGGUGUGUUAACGCUUUGUGCGUGCGCCUCUCUGUUGCCGGGUCUGCUUAAAAACAAGUUCAAGAAGAAGAAGGUGGCGUAAACCUCGACGGAAGAAUACAUUGAAGAGAAAAUCCUGCAGAGAAAGUUCACAACAACAACCACAACCACAACAAAUUAAAUGAUAUGUACCAAAAACAAAAACGAAAACAAAAAAAAAACACAACAUAACGAAAAGUAUAGAAACAUUUCACCGGAUAUGUUGAUUUAGGUUGUUUUUACACACAAACAUAACAUACAUAUUAAUUAUAUAUUUUAUAACUAUUUGCCUAGGUUUGUCGUUAGUUCGUAUAUUUUGUAUGUAUGCUAUUUCCAAAAAAUUAAGCAAAAAAAAAAAAAUACAAAUCAAAAAUAUUAUAAAAAAACAAAAAACAAAUGAAAUGAACACUGUAAAAUUGUUAACAACAAAAAGAAAUAGAAAACAAAAAU